CCGCGUCUCUGCGCUCGCCGCCAACGCCAACGCCAUGCUGGCGCUCCGCUCGGCCGGCCGCCUGCCGCUGCUCCUCGGGGCGCCUUCGCCGCAGGGCCGGCUGGGCGCCGUGGCCGGGCGGGAGCUGCUGCGCGGGCUCCCGGCUGCCUCCGAGCGCGCCCCCGGGCCCGGCGCCAGCUCCCGCGCUUGCAGCGGCGGCCGGAGCGUCGCGGGGAACCCGCUGGUCUUCCUGGAGGUGGGCGCGGACAACCAGCCGCUCGGGCGCGUCGUGCUGGAGCUAAAAGCUGAUGUGGUGCCAAAGACAGCAGAAAAUUUCAGAGCCUUAUGCACUGGAGAAAAGGGUUUUGGUUACAAAGGGUCCACCUUCCAUCGAGUGAUACCUUCUUUCAUGUGCCAGGCUGGUGACUUUACAAAUCACAAUGGUACGGGAGGGAAAUCUAUAUAUGGCAGUCGAUUCCCUGAUGAAAAUUUCAUCCUUAAACAUGUUGGACCUGGUGUCCUCUCAAUGGCCAAUGCUGGUCCCAACACAAACGGAUCUCAGUUCUUCAUUUGCACAGCCAAAACAGAUUGGCUGGAUGGAAAACAUGUUGUGUUUGGCCAUGUCAAAGAAGGAAUGGACAUUGUGAAAAAAAUUGAAAGCUUUGGCUCCAAGAGUGGAAAGACUUCAAAGAAGAUAGUCAUUACUGACUGUGGUCAGCUGUGAUCAUUCAAGCUGUGACCUCAAGAUGUGUUCUCUGAAGAAUCAGAGAUGCAAAAAAGAAUCCCUGCAAACUAUUUACUUACACAUUUCUCAACUAAACCUCACUGAGCCCUAAUCAGAGACAACAGAAGUACAUGAAGAAGUCCAGUUUUCACUUUCACUUGAACCACCUUGAACCCUUUCAAUCGCUUUUUUUAAUAUGCACGUUAAAUUUUCUGUGCAAUACUUGAUAACAGAAAAUGUGAGAACAAUAGCAAGUAUCGCUGUAUUAAAGGUUAUCCUACCGUUUGUUGAAUUGGUACUUGAAUUUUCCCAUUUCAAAGAAUGAAUGAUCAUUUGACUGACUGGGCAGUUAAGUCAACAUGGCUUCAUAGUAGCCUUUCCCCCUUGAAAUUCCAAACUCAAACUCUUAAAGAGCAGAUUGCCUUUCAGUUAAAGCUCUUCUGAAGCUGAAGAACCCUCCAAGCUGCAGACAUGGAAUUAAUGAAUUUCCUACAGCUUUUCUGAAUUACUCCUGCGUCUGGAUCCUAACAAGAAUAAAAUAACGUGUGUUUGGGCUGCUUAGAAUUGGCACUUGUGAUGUGCUGCUGUCACAAUCUGAAUCUAGGAGUAUGGUACCAGAACAACCAGAAUGUUUUUAUUAAGUUGCCAAAAAAAAGAGCUCAAGUUUGCUUGUUUGAGAUGCAACUAUAAACUUCUGAAAUUAAACAUGAAGGAAAGCUGUACCCGCUGAUAUAUCCACUGUUGUAAAUGUAGCAUGACCUAUAGCAUGACCUAUAGUCUCAUGGUAUAUUUCCCAUAUUAAAAUUCUAUAUCAGGACCAAUGUUAGAUUGCCUUUUGCUUUAUUUAAAAGUAGAUUAAAUAGCUGGCAGGCUAUUAGGCACAGAUUUAAGAUUAUAAAGGAGGUGAAUUGGAUUACUAAUUUGAUUAUUUGUGCUCUUUAACUUGCUGUACAAAAUUAAAAUAGAAACACUGAACCCGGAGGGUUCUUUGCUUCGUAUGGUGGGCUGUGAAUUUAAUAACAGAUUUACUGUCUCCCCCUUUUUGAUUAAUUUAGGAUACUAUCUUAGAUCUCCUUGUGUCAGUUUUAUAGCAUAGAUGUAGCUUGUAUUUAGGGCUGGUGACCCACAUAACUGGUACCAUUGUCUUUAUCUCAGGAAUAUAACAUUAGGUUCUGAAUUCAGUAUCCUACAAUAAUGGAAUUGAAGUCAGUGAUGCAAAAUAGGAAAGGAUGGAUGAAACUACCUACUCUUAAUCUGUCCUUGCAUAUUGGGGUUUAUGAUAAUUUGUUGGCAUAAGAAUCUUGAAUUGUGCUAAAGGCAAACUGAAAAUGUCCAUUUUGUAGAUGUUAGUAGCCAAUUGCACAUGCCUCUGCUAAGAGGGCAAUUAAACUGGAAGCCAUGUAUAUUUGUCAUUUAUCAGCUCCUGAAAUAUGAUGACCCUUUGUUAUGUGAAUUUACAAGUCUCUAAUGGUCAUUGCACUGAAGGUUGAAAAUGCUACGGUGUAUAGAAAAGAGGCAGCAUAGUUUAAACAACAAAUAUGAUAUUUUGAUCAAUUGUUCUUGCAUUCUUUGAAGUAUUUUUUAAUAGUCUAAUUGUUUGGCUCAUGUUCCUUAUCAAUAAUAAAUGGUAUUUUUAUAACAUG